AAGCUAGCUGCGUGGGCGGAAUGGAAUCAGUCAAGACGUUUCAUUGCAAUCCAAGAGACAAAUCAUGAUCAAGUUGAUCGCAGUUCUGAUUAUCGCUUCGCUGGGCGUCAGUGCAGUACAGACUCAAGAGGAGCUCAAAUGCGGCGCUUGCAUGGCAGAAAACGAGGUGCUUUGUGUAUCGCAGUCAACCUAUUAUUUUUGCUUUAACGGAGAGCCAUUUGGCGAAGAGAAAAAAUGCCUUGAAGGCCUCGUUUGCAGCAAUAAUGAAGCAGUCUGCGUGCCUCCAUAUAAGAUCUCCGAAACUAUUAAGAACGUAUGCGCACCUGUUAAACCCGAGCUUUGCGGCAAAUGUGUCCAGGGCUUUCAAUACGCCUGUGUGACUGUGAAUCAAGCAGCCCGUUGCGUAAAUAAUGAAAUAGCUACCCUCAUAGAUUGCAAGAGGGAUCAGAUUUGCAUAGCAGACAUUGAUAUCGGUUCCGUCUGUGUGCCCCAGGCUGCCGCUACUUAUCUGGGAAAGGAAGCCACUUGCAAUAACACCCUCGGGAUUCUGGCUACCUCACCAGCACCAACGCCCAGUUACCUCGAACGUCACAAGAUCUGCAGUAGGGCAGCGGAGACGGUUCCAGGUUUAUAUGUAUAUGCAUAUGCAGAUGAAAACUGCCACACUGCGCUCUACUGCGAGAGACCAAGUGUUACCAGCACCGACUGGAAAAGCAUUUACAGAAUAUGUUCUGCUCCUAAACGUUAUUUCGAUAUGGUUCGUAAAUAUUGUGUUGCCGAUAAGCCGGAACUCUGUAACAAAAUUAGGUACACCUUAUAAAAAUUAUAUCACUUAUAUAAUAUCUGUAAAUAAAAUCAAAUAUUCAUUAAUA